UUUCCUGCACGAGGAAGCCCUUAAAUGUGUCAACAGAAAAGAAACAAAUACAUACAGUAACAGAUAGAGUUACGCUCGGUGGUCGGAGGCAACGGUAAGAGCUGAGUUGGUGGAUUUCUCAGAAUAAUGCACCGCAUCUGAUGAAUGGGGCGUUUGGUGAGUCCCUCCCCAUCACCACAGACUCACCAGGCUUCAUUGUCAAAACUGGGAUCCUAAUUGAUUGACUUCCCUGCAUAACCGGAGGUGUUCGUGUGAAAGACGCCGGGGUGACAAAAUGGAUGCGUCAGAGGAGUCCGUGGGCCGCACCAUGGUUCAGGUGAUCACUGAGAAGUACAACCUGGAUAACUUUCCCUACUGCCGUGGGCCUGGCAUAGGUGUGGUGGUUCUGACCAGCCCGCAGAGCUCUCCGGUGAAAGGCCAGCUGAACCUGCCCAAAGUGCUUGUCCUGGACAGCUGUGGCAUCACCCAGGCUGGAGAUGAAUCAGAGGUUGCCACCUACUGUGCCCAUGUGGUAGAACUGGACCUCUCCAAUAAUCACCUGCAGGAUUGGGGAGAGGUCUUGAAGAUCGUGUCCAACGUCCCGAAGCUGGACUUCCUCAACCUGAGCAUGAACCCUCUGAGUGCGUCGCAGCUGGAGCCUGACCCGGAGCCUUUCCUAGAGCUUCGCUCCCUGGUCCUGAAUAACACCCAGUUGUCAUGGGAGGCGCUCCACACGCUCACUCGAGAGAUCCCGAAGCUGGAGGAGCUCUUCCUGUGUCUGAAUGAGUAUCGGUCUGUCACGUUGUCGGAUGUGCCUUGCGCCUCCUUGCAGCUAUUACACAUCUCGGACAACCGGCUGCAGGACUGGGCAGAGGUGCGCAAGUUCGGCCUCAUGUACCCAGGCCUCCAGACUCUCAUCCUGGCCAACAACAAGCUGUCUUCCAUCGACGAGCCUCAGGAGUCUCUCUGCCGCCUGUUCCCCCAGCUGCGCUGCAUCAAUCUCCACAACACAGGUCUGAGUCGUUGGGAGGACAUUGAGAAGCUGAGCAUGUUCCCUAAGCUGCAGGAAGUUAAAGUAAUGGGGGUUCCAUUGCUGCAGUCGUACGGUACCACAGAGCGGAGGAGUCUCGUGGUGGCACAGCUGCCUGCAGUCACCAUGCUGAACGGGAGUAUAGUGACGCCAGGGGAGAGGGAGGACGCUGAGCGCUUUUAUGUCCGCUACUUCAUUGAGUGUCCUGAGAAUGAGCUUCCCCAAAGGUACAACAACCUAUUGGCUCAGUACGGCCGCCUAGAGCCUCUGGCAGACGUGGACCUUCGUCCUCAGAGCAGCAUACUGAUGGACGUCCGCUGUGGGGAACGUGUGGAGCGGCUGAGCCUCAGGCUGGACCAGACGGUGGCGGAGCUGAAGAGGACGCUCAGGCCCGUGGUGCAGCUGCCGUGCAGCAAGAUGAGGGUGUACCACGUCGCCCCGGCCCUGGGGACUCAGGAGCUCAAGUACGGCGGCCGGGCCUUGCACUCCUACCAAAUGCGGGAGGGGGAGGAGAUUUUGGUGGUGCCCAAGGAUCUUUGAGGGUUUUGGGGCGGG